ACCGUUCAGUUGCUACCACUCAGAUAUGAUCUCAGCGAUUUCUCACAGCUAGGUGUAGAGGAGCAGACACUACACACACCACAGGAGGAGAAAAACACCUUUAGAAUUACCCCAAAAUAAGCAGUGCAUCACUGAUGGGGGAUCUGAGGCAGAAGAUGGGCGUCAUGUCACAGACAAUAUGCCCACGUUCACAGUCUGCUUCUGUUGAGGACUUAAAGGCCCCAAAUGCAGUCCAAGAGGAGAAGAUGCACAUGAAGAGAGAAAUCUCUCUCGUCAACGGGGUCUGCCUCAUCGUGGGCAACAUGAUCGGCUCUGGGAUCUUUAUCUCACCAAAGGGUGUGCUCAUGCACUGUGGCUCAUACGGACUGUCGCUGCUGAUCUGGGCCCUCGGAGGUAUCUUCUCAGUGUUCGGGGCUCUGUGCUACGCAGAGCUCGGCACCACCGUCACCAAGUCCGGAGCCAGCUACGCCUACAUCCUGGAGUCUUUCGGUGGGUUCCCGGCCUUCAUCCGCCUGUGGACGUCCAUCCUGCUGAUCGAGCCUGCCAGCCAGGCCGUGAUUUCACUCACCUUCGCCAACUACCUGGUGGAGGCUUUCUACCCAACCUGCCAGCCGCCGUACCACGCUAUCCGCCUGAUAGCAGCAGCCUGCAUCUGUAUUCUCAUUUUUGUCAACUGUGCCUAUGUGAAGUGGGGGACUCUGGUCCAGGACAUCUUCACUUACGCCAAACUCAUGGCACUCAUCCUCAUCAUCAUUGUAGGAAUCCUGAAACUAUCAACUGGAGAAACAAAAAGCUUCGAGCGUCCAUUUGAGGGCUCCUCCACAGAUCCUGGACCGAUAGCUUUGGCCCUCUACUCGGCUCUGUUCUCCUACUCCGGCUGGGACACACUGAACUUUGUGACAGAGGAAAUUAAGAAUCCAGAGAGAAAUCUGCCCCUGGCCAUUGCCAUCUCUAUGCCCAUCGUGACCAUCAUCUACCUGCUGACCAACGUGGCGUACUACGUGGUCCUGGACAUGCCAUCCCUGCUGUCCAGUGACGCCGUCGCUGUGACCUUUGGGAAUGCAGCACUGGGGCCGUUCAAGUGGAUCAUCCCCGUGUCAGUGGCCAUGUCCUGCUACGGAGGCCUCAAUGCUUCUAUCAUCGCCGCCUCGAGGUUGUUUUUCGUUGGAGCCAGAGAAGGCCACCUCCCCAACAGUCUGAGUCUGAUCCACCUGGAGCGUUACACACCCAUACCUGCGCUGCUCUUCAAUGGGUUGAUGGGCCUGAUCUUUCUGUGUGUGGAGGACGUGUUCCAGCUCAUCAACUACUUCAGCUUCAGUUACUGGCUCUACGUGGGUCUGUCUGUGGCCGGCCUCAUCUACCUGCGCAUCACUCAGCCUAACCGACACCGGCCCGUCAAGUUGAGCCUAUUCUUCCCCUUCAUCUACUGCCUGUGCAGCCUGUUCUUAGUCAUUGUUCCUCUGUACGGAGACACCAUCAACUCUCUCAUUGGGAUUGGCAUUGCGCUCUCUGGUGUGCCAGUGUUCUAUGUGGCCAUUUACCUGCCUGAGGACAAGAGGCCCAAGUUCAUACAGAAAUUAAAUGCGUUUGCCACCAGAUGCACCCAGACUCUUCUCUACUGCUGCCUGACAGAAGUCCACACAGAGCCAGAAACACAAGCAGGCGCUAAAACGCAGUGAACGCCAUGGAGCGUCCAUGGAACCGCCCACCACCGAGGCCUCUGUCCUGAAAGACGAGGCCCACGAUGGACAGCACAGCCUGGCCUGGACUCAUGGCGUUUGUGUGCCAGGUCAUGCUAAAAAAAAAAAAGAAAGUGAAAAAGAGGAUCUGACAUCGCAAAUGACUCACCAGGAGGAGCGAGCACUUGAGAGAAUGCAGACUCGCUUUCCUCUGCGAAUGUGACACACUUCUCUUCAGACAACGAGGAGUAUUUCCUACGAGGAUUAGAUUAAAGUUCAAGCUGACAUUUUGUAUUGAGUGUUAAGAUGUAAUACGAUUAGACUCUUUCAAGAAUUCAUCAUAUACUACUCAUGUGGCGACAGGUUAAUCAUACAAAAGUAUUUAAUUAGUCGCAGUAUGUAUAAUGUUAUUGUGAUUGAUUACACAGUCGAAUGUAAUGUAAUGCCUCUAACAGCACCUGGCUUAUUAACUGCCUUUAGUAGUCACUGUUACAAUGACUACUGAAGUAACUAAAUACACAAAUCUCCAGACACAUCAACAGUACAACAGAGCGUGUUCAUGGUGUGGUGAUCAAAACCUCUUUGUGUUUAAUGAUGUAAAGUGAGAUGGGUCACCUGUUUACACCAAUUUGAUGACCUGCCUACAUUUAUUCUGGAAAUCCUACAUUCAUGUGAAUAACUGCAUAUUAAGAACACUGUCGAAUCCUAAGUUUCAACCAGUAUUGAUGACUGGGUCAUUAGCAGCUUCACUGUGAAGCAGGUUCAAUCCAGGGCCUUGUUUGUCAUUCUUUUACUUUAAACAAUUGAUUUCAGUGAGUUUAUAUAUUAUGUUUUGUAAUUAUUCAUGAUUUUCCCAGGACUGAUCUAAUUGGUCCAGGAUCCAUCUGCAGGCAAGUAGCAAAUUCGAAUAUACAGUAUCUGCAAAACUAGUUUUUUGGCUAAAACCUCUUGUGUAUGCUUCACUUGAAAGGCCUGUGUUUCUGUUCUAAUUGAAAAAAUUGUAACAAACUAGUGUGUACUGUAAAAUGUUAAGGUAUCCAGAGCCUCAACUCUUGUUUACUGGCAACCAAUCAAACCUUCACUUGAUAGGUCUUAAAGAAUAAAGGUAAACUCCAAUCGCAAACCAAAUACAUUCAAGAAUUCACUUUUAGAAACAAGAUGCCUUUUCUUUCAGUGAGUGACUCUCAGCCGUUGUCUCUUAUAAUCUUCAAAAUCUUUCAAGCAGACGUGACGUUUUCUUAUAUUUACACAUUGUAGUGUGUCAUCUUGACUAUUAACAAACUUUGUUUCUCAAUUCUUUUGUAUUGUGAUUAAAAUGCAAAACCUUUUCAC